AUGUAUGGAGAAUGUGAGGAGUGCAAGAGCAGAAUUGUUCCCCUCUCAAGCUCAUAUAAUGGUGCACAGAAGGUGACCUACAUGCAGUGGGCCACAGAAGACAAAGCAAAAUCAAAUGAUGAAGAGAGCUCUGUCUCAAAAAUAACAGUAAAAAAAAACAUUGAGAGCAUUCAAGAGGAGCUUGCAGAGAGGUUCCACACACACCUCACCAAGUUUAAGAGGCAUCUCUUCAACAUCAGACAACAGUAUGCCUACUACCGUGGACUGCGCAGCUGCAUGGCCAAUGAUGAAUGCCUUAUCCACAUUGACUUCUCUGAGAACUUUUCUUGUAAGUACAGUACUGAAAUUCAGUCAGUACACUUUGGAUCAUCCCACCAACAGGCCACACUUCACACAGGGGUCAUCUAUGUUGGUGGAACCCAAGAGCCAACCUGCUUUACCUCCAUCUCACCAUCCAAGCACAAGAGUCCAGCUGCCAUAUGGGAACAUCUGAAACCUGCACUGGACUAUGUGCAGACCACACACCCAGAGGUGUCUGUUGUGCACUUUUUUAGUGAUGGGCCAUGCACGCAGUACAGGCAGAAAGGGAACUUUUUUCUCUUCAGUACAGAGCUUGACAAGAGAGGACUGAGAGGGACCUGGAAUUUUUUUGAGUCCAGUCAUGGCAAAGGAGCACCAGAUGGUAUUGGUGCUGCCUUAAAGAGAUCAGCAGACAACCUCAUCAGCCAUGGCCGGGACAUCAACAAUGCUUAUGAGCUCUUCAAGGCCCUCUCAGAGACAGACACUUCGAUCAAAUUGUAUUUUAUCGAAGAUGAAGCUGUUGAGCAGGCACUGCAAAGGAUGCCGUCCACCAUUCCCCCAGUCCCAGGAACCAUGCACAUCCAUCAGGUCAUCACUCUUGCUCGAGGGGAGAUAACAUCGCGAGAUAUUUUAAUAUGGAAGUCAAACUCUGUUAUUUUUCUGCUCCAGCUGCUGGAGGAGAACAUCAACACCUUUGUGAAGAAGGAGCUGAAAAACCUGCAGAGGUCUCUGAGUCCAGAUUACCCAGAAUGCUUAGAGAGGCAGAGGGAGGAUGAGGAGGUACUGGACGGUGAGGAGGAAGAGCAGAGGAAGAGAAGCAGAGAGUUUUUUCUGCAGAUCACACUGCACCUCCUGAGGAGGAUGAAGCAGGAGGAGCUGGCUGAGCGUCUGUGGAGCAAAACUGCCGCUGCAGCGUGCCAACGUGAACUCAGAUCUAACCUGAAGAAGAAGUGUGAGUGUGUGUUUGAGGGGAUUGCUAAAGCAGGAAACCCAACACUUCUGAAUCAGAUCUACACAGAGCUGUACAUCACAGAGGGAGGGAGUGGAGAGCUCAAUGAGGAACAUGAGGUCAGAUGGAUUGAAACAUCAUCCAGGAAACCAGACACACCAGAAACACCAAUCAGAUGUGAAGACAUCUUUAAACCUUCACCUGGAAGAGAUCGACCAAUCAGGACAGUGAUGACAAAGGGAGUGGCUGGCAUUGGGAAAACAGUCUUAACACAGAAGUUCACUCUGGACUGGGCUGAAAACAAAGCCAACCAGCAUGUCCACUUCAUAUUUCCAUUCACUUUCAGAGAGCUGAAUCUGCUGAGAGGGAAAAAGUUGAGCUUGGUGGAACUUCUUCAUCACUUCUUCACUGAGACCAAAGAAACAGGAACCAGCAGGUUUGAGCAGUUCCAGGUUGUGUUGAUCUUUGACGGUCUGGAUGAGUGUCGACUUCCUCUGGACUUCAACAACAACCAGAUCCUGACUGAUGUUUCAGAGUCCACCUCAGUGGACGUUCUGCUGACAAACCUCAUCAAGGGGAACCUGCUUCCCUCUGCUCGCCUCUGGAUAACCACACGACCCGCAGCAGCCAAUCAGAUCCCUCCUGAGUGCGUUGGCAUGGUGACGGAGGUGAGAGGCUUUACUGACCCACAGAAGGAGGAAUACUUCAGGAAGAGAUUCAGAGAUGAGGAGCAGGCCAGCAGAAUCAUCUCCCACAUCAAGACGUCACGAAGCCUCCACAUCAUGUGCCACAUCCCAGUCUUCUGCUGGAUCACUGCUACAGUUCUGGAGGACAUGUUGAAGACCAGUGAGGGAGGAGACCUGCCCAAGACCCUGACUGAGAUGUACAUCCACUUCCUGGUGGUUCAGUCCAAAGUGCAGAACGUCAAGUAUCAUGGGAGAGAUGGGACAGAUCCAGUCUGGACUCCAGAGACCAGGGAGAUGAUCCUGUCUCUGGGAAAACUGGCUUUUGAGCAGCUGGAGAAAGGCAACCUGAUCUUCUAUGAAGCAGACCUGGCAGAGUGUGGCAUUGAUAUCAGAGCAGCCUCAGUGUACUCAGGAAUGUUCACACAGAUCUUUAAAGAGGAGCGUGGGCUGUACCAGGACAAGGUUUUCUGCUUCGUCCAUCUGAGCCUUCAGGAGUUUCUGGCUGCUGUUCAUGUCUUCGUGACAUUCAUCAACUCUGGAGUCAAUCUGAUGUCACAAAAAUCAACCUCCAGGUGGUCUGCACGAUUCAACAAGAAAACUAAACUAGAAGAACUCCUCCAGAGUGCUGUGGAAAACGCCUUACAGAGUCCAAAUGGACACCUGGACUUGUUCCUGCGCUUCCUCCUGGGUCUUUCACUGCAGACCAAUCAGACUCUCCUACAAGGCCUGAUGACACAGACAGGAAGUAGCUCACAGACCAAUCAGGAAACAGUCAAGUUCAUCAAGGAGGAGAUCAGGAAAAAUCCCUCUCCGGAGACAAGCAUCAACCUGUUCCACUGUCUGAAUGAGCUGAAUGACCAUUCUCUAGUGGAGGAGAUCCAACAGUACCUGAGAUCAGGAAGUCUCUCCAGACUAAAACUGUCCCCUGCUCAGUGGUCAGCUCUGGGCUUCAUCUUACUGUCAUCAGAAGAAGAUCUGGACAUGUUUGACGUGAAGAAAUACUCUGCUUCAGAGGAGGUUCUUCUGAGGCUGCUGCCAGUGGUCAAAGCCUCCAAGAAAUCUGUGCUGAGUGGCUGUAAUCUGUCAGAGAGAAGCUGUGCAGCUCUGGCCUCAGUUCUCAGCUCCCAGUCCUCUAGUCUGAGAGAGCUGGACCUGAGUAACAACGAUCUGCAGGAUUCAGGAGUGAAGCGUCUCUCUGCUGGACUGGAGAGUCCAAACUGCAGACUGGAGGCUCUCAGGCUGUCAGGCUGUCUGCUUACACAGGAAGGCUGUGCUUCUCUGGCCUCAGCUCUGAGCUCCAACCCCUCCCAUCUGAGAGAGCUGGACCUGAGUACCAACGAUCUGCAGGAUUCAGGAGUGAAGCGUCUCUCUGCUGGACUGGAGAGUCCACACUGCAGACUGGAGGCUCUCAGGCUGUCAGGCUGUCUGCUCACACAGGAAGGCUGUGCUUCUCUGGCCUCAGCUCUGAGCUCCAACCCCUCCCAUCUGAGAGAGCUGGACCUGAGCUACAAUCAUCCAGGAGACUCAGGAGUGAAGCUGCUCUCUGCUGGACUGGAGGAUCCAACCUGGAGACUGGAGGAU